AUGGCUCAACAACAACAAUUCUGCAAUGUAGAUCCAAGAAUAUGGCAAGAAUGUGCAGGAGAUUCUUUCACUGUUCCUAAACUCCAUUCUAGAGUUUAUUAUUUUCCUCUUGGUCAUUUACAACACUCUCCUAUUACCCCUAACAUUCAAACACUCUCCCUCCUCCGCCCAUUCAUUCUCUGCACUGUCUCCUCUAUUGAUCUCCUUGCAGAUCUUGAAACUGGUCAAAUCUUUGCAAAACUACUCCUCACUCCCGUCAUUGACGCAACUGUUGUUCCUGUUGAGGCUAGCAAUCAAGAAGACAAUGGUGAUCGUGUCGUUUCAUAUGCAAAGACUAUAUCUAAAUCUGAUGCUAACAAUGGUAGUGGAUUCUAUGUACCUCGGGCCUGCGCUAACUCAAUCUUUCCCCCGCUUGACUUGACAACUCCAUCGUCAUCUCAAGAACUUUCUGUCACUGAUGUUUGCGGUGUUGUGUGGACCAUUCGCCACGUUCAUGGCUGGAAUCCCAAGCGACACCUAUUCACCACCGGCUGGAGUGCAUUUGUUAAGAAGAAGCAUCUUGUCGGCAGGGAUACCCUUGUUUUCAUUAAAAACUCGGCUGGAAAGAUAUUUGUUGGAAUCCGCCGCCAUAAUAUGUCUGCAGCUGCUAGUAAAAUAACUGAAAAGACAGUUAUCAAUGCGGUAGAAUUGGCUAAGACGAAUACACCAUUUGAAGUCAUGUGUUAUCCGACGGUUGAUGGUUUUGAUUUUGUGGUGGAAGAUAAAGUUGUGGAGAAAGCCAUAAAGGUUAAUUGGAAUACUGGAAUGAGAGUUACACACAAAGUUAAGGGAGGCUCAAUUUUUCAUGGGACAAUUUCUGCAAUCUCCCAUCCUUCAACUCAUCCAUGGCGCAUGCUACAAGUUGAAUGGGAUGAACCCAAUGUCUCGAAGAAUCUAAAGCGUGUAAGUCCGUGGCAGGUUAAACCUGAUGUUAGCAUACCUCUACUACAUCAACAGUUUCCCUUGAAUUUGGAUGGCAUGCUGGGAGUCAGGCAAAAUCAUUUUUCUGGAUCCACUUCUUCCAACUCUUUGAAAGAUAGGUUGGAAAUGAUUGCAGAAGCAAUUUACAAGGUUGGACUUUAUGGUGUUUUGGCCAUCAAGUAUUCCUCCUCAUUUGAAACAACAGUUGAAGUUGAUGUUGCAAUAACAUUUAUGGUAAUGUCCAUUCCUGAUAAUCUGGGUAGUCUUAAUCAUAUCAAAUGA